AUGUCGAUCACGAAUGGUACUUCUAGAAGCGUUUCGGCAAUGGGCCAUCCGGCAGUAGAGAGGUAUACACCAGGCCAUAUUGUCUGCGUAGGCACACAUAAAGUCGAGGUGGUAAAUUAUUUAGCGGAAGGUGGCUUUGCUCAAAUUUACGUGGUGAAGUUCUUAGAGUAUCUUAAUGAGUUUGAUAAUACGGCGAGUGUUCCCUUAAAAAUUGGUGAUGUUGCAUGUCUGAAAAGAGUAUUAGUUCAAGAUGAGAAUGGAUUGAACGAGAUGAGAAACGAAGUAGAGGUAAUGAAGAAGUUAAAAGGCGCCCCAAAUGUGGUACAGUACUUUGAUUCCAAUGCCUCUCGCCGUCGUGAUGGCGUUCAAGGGUUCGAGGUCCUUUUGCUAAUGGAAUUGUGUCCAAACAAAUCUUUGCUAGAUUAUAUGAACCAACGAUUGUCAACCAAAUUGACAGAAUCUGAAAUUGUUAAAAUUAUGUAUGACGUUGCUCUUUCUAUCUCUCAAAUGCAUUAUCUUCCUAUACCGUUGAUCCAUCGUGAUAUCAAGAUUGAAAAUGUCCUGGUAGAUGCUAAAAACAAUUUUAAACUAGCUGAUUUUGGGUCUACGUCAACAUGUUUCCCAAUUGUUACCACUCAUCAAGAUAUUGCUCUUUUGACUCAAAACAUUUAUGUCCAUACAACUCCCCAGUAUAGAUCUCCUGAAAUGAUUGACCUCUACAGAUGUUUGCCCAUAAACGAAAAAUCAGACAUAUGGGCCUUGGGAAUUUUCCUUUACAAAUUAUUAUUUUUUACCACUCCUUUUGAGAUGACAGGUCAAUUUGCUAUACUACAUUCCAAAUAUGAAUUUCCUGUCAACAAAUAUUCAUCAAAACUAAUCAACUUAAUCAUUAUAAUGUUGGCGGAAAAUCCAAAUUUGAGACCGAAUAUUUAUCAAGUAUUGUACCAUUUAUGUGAAAUUUUAAAUGUGGAAGUGCCAAUCGAGGAUAAAUAUACAGAAGGCGCCUACAAUUUUUCCAAGUAUACGCAGUUUCAGAAUAAACUACAAAAUGUUCAAUUGCAAAUGUAUCAGCUACAACAAAAGAAAAUCAUGCAGAACAAUAAAUUGAGUGACUCAGAAGAGAACUUACUGAAUGACAUGUUUCUUUCUUCUUUUGAAAUCUCAUCUAAACUUCCCAUGAAUGUAAGUGAUGGCCCUGCCGCAGUUUCUAGAAUAUCAUCUCAAAAAGUCGGCAAAGAAGUUGAAGAAGAGAAAGAAAGUCAUUCUGAUCAGAGAAAGUCUACCUUGCCUGAAGAUAAAUCGUCAAGGUUAACUUCUAACGUUAACAGUUCCGGUACACCCAAUAAUCCUCAGGAAAUUAAUACGAUCCAGUCUCCAGGUAUAGAAGAUAAGUCAAUUUUUGAGAAUAAAACUCCUGGAGAGUUAUAUUAUCCAAGCGUAAGCGAAUUAGAUACUUAUUUGGACAAAGAAUUGGUCAAACAAUCAAGUGAUCCGACCGUCUCUGAACAAAGUCCUCGUUUGAACACCCAAUCUCUACCCCAGAGGCAAAAAAGCACAAGCUCUUAUUCUUCAGGUGGGAGAUCAAUGAAGAGCACAUCGUAUGGUGCCGCAACGAUCGGGUCAGACGAAGCCUUGACGAACGAGAAAACUCCAGGUAUCAAUAAGAUGAAACAACAUAAAUCAAAUAAUCCCUUUCCAAAAAUGAAUGUUGCAUAUCAUUCUACGAAUGAGUUGAGCAAUGACGCAAGUAACUUCUUCCUUGAGGAACAACAACAGGGCCAGAGAUAUCAGCAGGCCCAAAAUCAAACAGGGACGCAAGGAAAUACCUAUCCCGAUGAAUCUCAAUAUCAAUCUAGAGUUGAACAACAUCAGCAACAACAGGAUCAGCCCAAAGCACCUGCCAAUUAUAACCAGAGAAAUUUUUACACUGGCAGGGAUCGGACCAAUAAGCCUAUGCAGUUAGGUGGAACUGUUGCUGCGGAUAGUGGUAAUAGAAGGGUCAACUUUCAGAAUAUUUCUCAAAAUUACGCUACCAACUCUCAAUCAGGAUAUCUUUCAGGUCAAAAUAAUUCCCCAGCAAUUCCAAUGGUAAGACCUGUUAUUCCCAUGAAUCCGCAGCAAGCCCAGCAGAUACAAGCUCAGCAAUUACAAGCUCAACAGAUGCAGGCCAAACAACAAAUGCAAGCCAAGCAGCAAAUGCAAGCCCAGCAACAAUUGCAAGCGCAACAGCAAAUGCAGAUCCCAAAUGCAAAUAAUAAUGGUACUUACGUCUCCGAUAGAACAAACCAGGCCACAGAAGAUGUUAGAAAUGCCCAGGUGGGUGAACCUCCUAUCUUAGCAGGCAAUUCUGCAAAUGAGCCAAUGCAUUUAUCUUCUAAAAAUGAAGGUCUUUUAAUUGAACUGUCGCCGUUAAAGGAAGAUGCAGGAAAGCAAUCUUUCCAAGAUGAAAAUGGGCCUCAAGCCGGGACUAUGGAAGAUGGGGGGGCUUCAGGAACUAAAGGUUUGAACAAUCAUCGAAAUGGUAUUUUGAAUCUAAGUUUGAAUGAAAUGGACUUAUCAAGAGACGAUACUGGCGCUGCAGUCUCCUCUUUUUCAUCGUCUUCAUCAUCCACAUCAAUUCAACAAGCUAAGCUUUCCGGACGCAAAGGCUCGAGUAAGAGAAAUAACUACUCAACAGAUGAAUUAGAAGAUAGUAUGGUUUCCAGUGAAAGCAUUGAUAUUGAUUUGGAUGAUGCAAGGAGAGGGAAAACCUCCGAAAGAAGGCCGCUCCACAAUGAAAGAGGUCAUAAGGAUCAGUCAAGAUCAAGUGAUGGAAAUAAGUCUAAUCAAUUCAAAAACAAGGACUUUAGCAGCGUGACUACAAGGCAACCGCGACAGUCGUUGGACCUGAAUUUUCAGGAGGUAAAUUUGUCUUCUCCAACAUUAACGCAAGAGCAUAGAAAUAAAAACGACUCGUCAGCACCGCAACCACAUCACUCGUAUAGAGUUCCACCUCAUGCUUCCACUGCAAUAAGUGAGAAUAAGCGCCAUAGUACUGGUCACGAACUAUCAACCCGGUCAAGUGGCAAGCAUGAGACACAUAGGACUGGUUCCAAGCAAAGACACGAUUUGGAAAGGUACAGGCAAUCUAAGGAUAAGGAUAGCAAUAGCAGCAUUACUAUUAGCACCUCAACUCCAUCAGAGAUGAGAAAGUCCUUCGCUAGGGCCCGUCAAUCACUCGAUUUGGAAAGGGUCCGUCGUGAAGCGAUGGCAAGUAAUGGAUCCAAUAGUGGUGGCAGUAAUGGGAAAAGAAGAUCUUUUUUCUCAGUUUUCAGAAGCGAGAAAUGA